AUGGACUGCGUGUCUAAUUUCCCGUUUAUUCUUCCAGUUCCCGCGUAUUCCGUUUCUUGGGACGCACGAGCGAUUUCUGGACCCGUGCUGAAUGAUGAGACGAAAUUUCGCGAGUCAAUUGAGGAGGGAAGUGGGCGAUGGGGCCCCUUUCGGCAAGGAAGAGCUCCCCCGCAAUCCGUCAAAAUUUCGUCUCAAGACAUAAACAACAUUAACCCCACUCAAUCCUCCCCCCGUUCAGCUCACCUUUUGGUUGAUCUGGACUUCAGCACUGCUAUAGAAAGCAUCCGCUCGAGUUCUUCUUUUACCACCGCCACCAUUUCGGCUCAAGACUUUCCAGUCUUCACCACGGAUUCCCAAUCAACAUGGCUUCCCAACUCCCCCUCAGCCCUGCCGGCACCAUCCGCGCACCAACUCCAGAGCCCCGUCGAGAAUCAACAGGAUUUUGUUCUGUUCGACAAUCCUCAGCCUCGUCAAGUCCCUAAUCGGUCUACUGUUCCGCUGUCCAGCCAGCGCCGUCAUUCAUACCACAAUCGCAGAGACAAGCUAGCUUCCUCAGCUGUCCAGAACCAGCGAGUGGCCCAAAUUUUACAGGCUAUUGGACACCCAUCUUCGUCUUCCGCCAACCGCUUUGCGAAUCAGUUUUACGCUUCAUCGGCUCCAUCGUCUUCAGUCUCCCUGAAUAAUCAGCAGAGAAUCCACCAGCACCAACAUUCUGCCAAACCCCCUGUACCCUUGUUUGAUCAGAGUACCGGCAACGUCCAUCAAUCCGCCAAGAUGAUGAACGCGGCAGACGUAGACCUGGAUGAGUUCACCGCCUUCGAAGGUGGUGCCUCCACGGCAUUCUCGUCUCCAGCGGUCCCAUCCGUCAUGGAUUUCAACGGUAGCAUGUCAAGCUCCACUUCCAACCUGGGCACCAUUUCGCCUCAAGAUUUGCUCGUCCAAGAGCCUUUCAUGUCGGCGCCAAACUCCUCUGCCCUCACUGCUUUGACGUCGCCAUCCAUCUACAACGAGUCUCCGGACUUUGAUGGAUUCGACGUCUCUCCCAACUUUGGAAGUGCCGACUUUGAGAGCUCCAACGACCCUUGGUACCCCUUGUUCCCUCAGGACUCUAAUCACAGUGCUCCUGAGGUGAACUUGGAGGAUUCACCUGCUCAAAACUCGGACGACAUUGACUCCGUAGGUCGUGCUACUGGCUCCGGCAACCGAAAGAAGGCUACCAACUCGCCAACCAGCGGUGGUCGCCACUCUUCUGUUGCCGGAGUCAACUCGCGCAAGCGAGACAAGCCCUUGCCUCCCAUCAUUGUUGAGGACCCCCAUGACACCGUCGCCAUGAAGCGAGCUCGUAAUACCCUGGCAGCUCGAAAGUCGCGAGAGCGAAAGGCUCAGCGUCUGGACGAGUUGGAGGAUCGCAUUAUGAAGCUUGAGGCAGAGCGUGAUCAUUGGAAGAAGAUUGCUCUCUCGCAGUCUGGCGCGCAAAUAUAA